AUGCAUGUUAAUCAAAUAUGGAGCCAGAAGUCAUCUCCUGCUGCUGAGCAGGCUGCAGCGGGUAGCUUUGACACUGCAAUGCGUUUGCUUCACAGACAGCUUGGGAUAAAGAACUUUGUUCCGUUGAGAUCGAUGUUCCUUGAUCUGUUUACCGGAAGCCAUAGCUAUCUCCGUGCGCUUUCUUCUUCCCCUGUGGUGUCACUUGCCAUUGAGCGUGGGUGGAACAAAUCUGCUAGCCCCAACGUUCGUGGCCCACCAGCUCUUGUUUAUCAUUUCUCUCAACUUGAAGAGAAGCUCAAGGCCGGUUACAAAGCCACAACAACAGGAAAAUUCACUGAGGCCCUGCGUAUCUUCCUCUCUAUCCUACACACAAUCCCUCUUGAUGUAGUCGAGUCAAGAAGAGAAGUCAACGAGGUGAAAGAGCUGAUCAUUAUUGUGAAAGAAUAUAUUCUUGGUCUGCAAAUGGAACUGAAGAGAAGGGAAAUGAAAGGUGAUUCGACACGACAACAAGAGCUCGCUGCUUAUUUCACUCACUGUAACCUCCAAACUCCUCACCUACGGCUCACUCUCCUCAGUGCAAUGAGCAUCUGCUACAAGGUCAAGAACCUAGCCACUACUUCUAACUUUGCUAGAAGGUUCGUAACACAAAGGUUAACAUCUAAAACACCAAAUUAG